UAUUCUUCAACCGCUACAACUUUCACUCCUCUGCUUUUAUAUUCAUCAAUCACUUUCCAGAUCCUCUGUUUCCAAAACCCCACUUUGAUUCACGCCAGAUAAUUCAAUAUUUCAACCCCAGAUCAAGAAAACAAUCAAAUGGGUAUUCAUUUACAGUCCAUGAUCGUUCAAGCCAAGCAACUUUUGAAGCUUCAGGCUCAUCUCCUCACUAGAAAUCUGUCAUCAGAUGUUCCAAAAGGCCAUUUAGCAGUGUAUGUAGGAGAGUCUCAGAGGAAGAGAUUUGUGGUUCCAGUGUCUGUCCUGAACCAUCCUUCAUUCCAAGAUUUGCUUCUUCAAGCUGAGGAAGAGUUUGGAUUUCAUCAUCCAAUGGGAGGCCUCACUAUCCCCUGCAAUGAACAAGCCUUCCUGGAGCUCACUUCUCAAUUAGUCAAUGUUUCUUGAAAUUAGUUGAACCAGAAACCACCCUCUACAGUUUUGGUAGACUCUCUCUCUCUCUCUCUCUCUCGUAAAAACCCUUCCAAUUUUUUGAAAGGGGAUAUUUUUGGUAUUUCCACAAUCUCUUGUUCUAAUUCUAUGAAUAUAUAGUUGUGAGACACUAAUUUCUAUGUCUUCUGUAACUUUUACGCUGUGUUUGGUUGGAGAAUUUAGAGAGAGAUUUGAAAAGA